CGGAAGCGUUCAGUCGCACACACACAGAGAGAGAGAGAGAGAGUCACAGCUGGAAAGUCGAGUGCGCUGAGUUUGCUGGCGGAAAUCAUGAAGAAUCUCGGGCUGAUUUUGAUUCUGGGCUUUGUGCUGUUUGUCAGCAGCAGUGAUGCUAUAAUCAGGAUUCCUCUGCAGCGGGUGAACUCUGUACGCCGCACGCUGAUCGAUGAUGCUCUCGCUCAGGGCCAGCUGAAAUCAUGGGCUGAGGAAGGUAGUGAUGUGGAGUGGAGCACGGACACUGCUCAGUUUCCUGUGGAGAAACUCUCGAACUUCAUGGACGCUCAGUAUUUUGGCACGAUCAGCAUUGGGACUCCGCCGCAGGAGUUCAACGUCCUGUUCGACACCGGCUCCUCCAACCUGUGGGUUCCCUCCAUCCACUGCUCCUUCUUUGAUCUGGCCUGCUGGCUCCACCAUCGUUAUGACUCGAAGAAGUCAAGUACUUAUGUAGAGAAUGGUACCGAGUUCUCCAUUCAAUAUGGCAGAGGAAGUCUGGUGGGUUUCUUCAGUCAGGACACAGUCGUGGUGGCAGGUCUGAGUGUCCAGAAUCAGAUGUUCGGUGAGGCGGUGAAGCAGCCGGGCUUGGUGUUUGCCCUAGCAAGGUUCGAUGGCGUGCUCGGCAUGGCAUACCCGAUCCUGUCAGUGGGAAAAGUCCGACCCGUGUUCGACUCCAUCAUGGCUGGCAAACUACUGCAGCAGAAUGUCUUCUCCUUCUACAUCAACAGGGACCCUGAAGCGGAGCUUGGAGGGGAGCUGAUGUUGGGUGGUUUUGAUCAGCAGUAUUUUGAAGGAGAUCUUCACUACCUCAACGUCACCCGUAAAGCGUACUGGCAGAUCAAGAUGGACGCAGUGGAGGUGGGAAGCACACUGACACUGUGUAAGGCUGGUUGCCAGGCGAUUGUUGACACGGGAACGUCCUUGAUCACGGGGCCGGUGGAGGAGAUUCGAGCUCUGAACAAAGCCAUUGGGGCCGUCCCUCUGAUCAUGGGGGAGUACUGGAUUAGCUGCAGUAAAAUUCCCUCACUGCCGGUGGUUUCCUUCAAUCUGGGAGGGAGGAUGUUCAACCUGACUGGAAACGACUACAUCUUUAAGUCCACACAGGUGGGCGUGAGCAUGUGUGUGUCUGGGUUCAUGGCGAUGGACAUACCGCCCCCUGCUGGUCCUCUCUGGAUCCUGGGUGAUGUCUUUAUUGGCCGUUUCUACACCGUCUUCGACAGAGACAACGACCGGGUGGGAUUCGCUCCUGUCAAGUGAUUCCACUAAACCUUGAGGUUGUUGAUGAAUGUAUGAGUCCUGAUGUUGCAUUCCUCAUUUACGCACAUAGAUCUGAGUAACUCUGUAAGAACUGUGUCGUUUCAGUCAAAACAAUUAAACAAAGUCGGGCGGGGGGUGGGGUGGGGGAACAGGCCGAUUAAAAUCACCCCAGUUUCUCCGAGUGUAAUUCAGUGGAGAAGUCAAACUGCACCAUAACUCAUUUUUCACUGUAACUUAUAUUUGCUUUCAUCAGAACAUUUUCACAAAGUUGAAUGUGUAACAAAACUUCUCUUAAGCAUAUCUGAUUAAAACGAUGCAAGGUUAACGAGUCUGUUACACAAACCCCAGAACCAUCUCAUUAUCUCAUUCUCUCUUCUUCAUAUACACACAUCAUAUCCUUUCACAGACCUGAGCAACUCGUUUGAGUUUGAUGAUUAAAAACAAGAACGUAAGGUUUAUUCGUGUCCAGUCACCAGAGGGCGCUGCACCAAGGUGCAAGGCCCUAUUGUUUUUCUAAGGAUUCUUCUUCUUCUUCUUAUUAUUAUUAUUCAUUUUCUUCAAGACUUUGAGUUGGUUCCCAUGGGUGAAAACUCAUGAAAUUUGAUACACCCAUCAGUCCUGGCCACUGGUACUCAGGGAUAGAUGCUUGGCCCUGGGUGUGUCUGGGGGACUCCAUAGCGCCCCCACGUCAUUGAGACUUUUGCCUGGUAUAUAGUUUCACCUAUCCAUGUCAGAUUUGGUAGGUGUGUAGAGAGCCCCAAGACAAACAAAAUUGUAAUGUACCUUGUAUUCGCCAUACUUAACAGGAAGUGAGUUAUUUUUGGUUUUGUGCAUUUUGACACGUGCUAUAUUUUGACGUUCUCCUCCGAGGCAGUUUGUUGGAUUCAUGCCAGAUUUGGUAGCGCGGAGUUUCUCGGGCCCUUCACUGCCACUUGCUCUUUUACUCUUGAAUAUUUUUUACUGAAGUCAAAUUCCCAUUUCAUUCCUCCACAUUUCUGUUUGAACAUUUUGCAAAAUUUAAAAAAGGUUGUUAAAAACACACAAGUUUAUUUUGAUUUCUGAAAAGAAUGCGAGAUGAUGCCAUCAAAGGAGCGUCAAACAGACACAGUUAAGGGCUACGUCACGCUGCAUGAUGUAAAAACCACAUGACGAAAAGCAGCGCAGGUUACAUUAUCAUUAAUAAUAAUUAACAUCAUUAGUAUCAUUAGAAUCAUUAAUAUCAAGGACUUGGAUUAAGCAACACUGUGGAUCCUCAUCUCAUUUUAUGUUAUGUUUAAAACACACAGCACAGAUCUUGCGCACGCUGUAAUUUAAUCUUCUGACGAGCUUUCAUUUCUUUUUAUUGUUUUGUUCAAAUGUGUCCAAAUCACACGAUGGUCUUAAAUAUUGAGAAUGAAGUCUGAGAACAGGGCUGCUAUUAAACCUUCAGUUAAAUUACAUUCGACUUUCCUGUAGAAAGAUUUCAGAAUUUUGUAUUUAAAAAAAAAAAAGUACCAGCUGAAUACAACACAUGGACCAUGUCUACAGGAACAACAGUGGGGUUUAUUUUAAAAAAAAUCUAUUUAUAGUUACAUGUAAAGCCUUAUGAAACCUGUUUGACUCAGUCGUUCACCAGCCUCGCUUUCGGUCGAGAUGUAGAAGAAAAAUGGAAAUGUGACUGAAUUAUAGAAUUAGGACUAAACUGAUUGAUGAAAUCAAACUGAUUUUCUAUCUCGCUAGACGUUUUAAAAAAAAAAAAAAAAGAGAGACUGGUGGAAGUUUUUAAGGUUGUUGAAUAUCUGUAUGUCUGAGUUCCUGAAAUUGGUCGGACUUUUUCAGAUUUAUUCAUCAGCUUUGACAGGUUGUGAAGUUGUGAAGCUUCCUGUUUUGCACAGUGACUGAAAACACUUUUGUCUCUGAAUGUCGUUAUCACCAGCACUGUUUAAUUUGGAUGUUUGAGCUCAUUGUUGGACCGAGACUUGGAUUUGCUCUGCACUGGCUUUCAAUAAACAAACAAAUAAACGUGUUUAUUCUAACGAA